CUCUUUGCUUGCAGUGCAAGUGCCACUUCCUCAGCUAAGCUCCGAAGAAACUCCAUUCUUUCUCUUUUUUAUAUUUUGCCCUUUUUGGCCCUGUUUAUCUCUUUUUCUGGGUGUGGCGUUGGGGAUAAGGAGGUUCAAGGGAAGAGGGGCAAAAUGGGAAUGGGAACUAGCAUCUUUAUCAUCAGAUGGAUCAAUUUUCUCACCAUGCUUCUGGCUGUUCUUGUCAUAAUAUUUGGGAUAUGGAUGGGCACCAACCACGACGGUUGUCGAAAAUCUCUAACGCUUCCUGUUAUGGGACUCGGUGGAUUCAUCUUCGUGGUGUCCAUAGUUGGUUUCUUGGGUGCUCUUAAGAACAAUUCGAUAUUGCUGUGGAUCUAUUUGAUCAUGUUGUGCAUUACGUUGGUGGCGAUUCUCGUGUUUACCGUGCUGGCGUUCAUCGUUACAAAUAACGGAUCGGGACAUUCCGUUGCUGGCUUGAGGUACAAGGAGUAUCAACUACAAGACUAUAGUACAUGGUUUCUAAAACAGCUUAAUAAUACUGAUAACUGGAUGCAUUUGAGAAGCUGUCUCGUUAAAUCCGAGGACUGCAACAAUCUUUCGAAACGAUACAAGACUCUCAAGCAGUACAAGUUAGCAAAGCUUACGCCAAUCGAAGCGGGUUGUUGUAGACCCCCAUCGGAAUGUGGUUAUCCUGCUGUAAAUGCAUCAUACUAUGAUUUGAGCUUUCAUCCUGUUGAUUCAAACCAUGACUGCAAACUGUACAAGAAUUCGAAGGCAGUCAAGUGUUACGAUUGCGACUCGUGCAAGGCCGGAGUUGCACAGUACAUGAAAACCGAAUGGCGAUUGGUUGCGAUCUUCAACGUCGUUCUAUUUGUUGUCUUGCUGAUUAUCUACUUAGUCGGAUGCUGUGCUAGACGAAAAGCUGCCACAAAUCGAUCUAAAGGUUAGCGGGACAGCGGUUGUGCUCGACAGACUACUUAAACAUCAAAACAAACCAUAGUCCUCUUGUGGCCAUGUAAGUGAUACCCUUUGGAAGUAGAAAUCUCUACCAUUCAGUGCUGCUGCCAUCGCUGUGUAAUAUAUGCAGCCAGCCAUCUUUGUACGUAAAAAGUUUGUUCUUAAACCAGUACAGUGACUAAUAUUCAAUCUCGAAUCGAACAGUAUUUCGACUAUGAAUCAUUAUUUUGCACA